UGGAGUCAGACCCAGCUUCUGAUUCCCUCCCUGCUGAGGGCUCUGCAUUGUCUCUUCUUCACCACUGUCAGAAACAGCUUGGGAGUGACAUGGCCUGGGGGGACGCACACCUGCUGCUGCUGCCUGUGCUGCUGGUGCUCCUGGCCUCAGGUUCCUGGGGAAAGUUAUCUGUGCCCGAGGAACUUCACCAAGUGCCUGGACAGACACUCUCCGUGCAAUGCAAGUACUCACCCAAGAGGGGGCCCUAUCAGCCCAAAGCCUGGUGUCAGCAGAAGACUCCAGAUACCUGUAACAUUGUAGUCACCAGCUCCAAGCCCCGCACAGCAGCUCAGGACUCUCGACACACCAUCUGGGACGAGCCCGACGCUGGCUUCUUCAACGUCACCGUGAGUCAGCUGGAGGAGACGGACUCAGGGAUCUACUGGUGUGGAAUUUACAACUCUUCUGCCAAGGUUGUGAUUAUUCUCAGAAAAAUUAGACUGGUGGUGUCUCCAGCCCCAACCACGUCUCCUAUGUGGACCCUCACCUGGCUUCCAACAAGGACAGUUCUGAUCACUUCCCCAGAGGGGACCUCCGGCCGUCCUUCUGUCAAUGGCUCUGAGACCAGGCAAUCGAGUGCCCCCCUCUGCCGUGGCUGUGCUGCCCCCGGACUCCUGGUCUCUGUGCUGUGGGGAUUCCUCGUGGCCAAGGGGCUGGUGCUGUGAGUCCUGCCUGUGCUCCUGAGCUGGGCACUGGGUCAUAGGAUACCAGGACCCUUGGGGACGUUUAGCCACACCUGUGGAUCCAGGACGAAUCCCUGUCCUCCUCCCUGUGCCCAGCUGGGAGCUGCCCUCACCAUGGAGCCCACAGCCCCGUGAGCAAAGGCCAGCGCUCAGCCUGUGGGAGACCACUCCCUGUCCCCAAACUUCCCUGUUGCGGCCCCUCAUCCGGGUGCUGAGCCUUCUUGACUCCACUUCAGCUGCCCCUACCAUCCCUGUGCCCCCACGAGCCCAGCUCCACCCCCAGGUUCAUUUGCAUCUGGUCAAUGCCCCACAGCAGGCUCUUCCCUGCAUGUCCCCAUGUCCUCUGUCAGUAGGACUGGCUCGGUCCCUCAGCCCUGCCUCAGCUGGGCCGCACCAGGGUGCCUCACCUCUCCCUGGUUCCUGCUCCUCCACUGCCCAGAGUCCUGUGUAUUUCCUCUUGUGCGCAAAUCCAAGCCUCUGGACUGAAACGUGUCAGGGGUCACUGAGCAAGAUGGCAGAGGUGUCUGCUCCCCUUCCUCCCCUCCCAUCCCAGAUAUCAUUAUGAGUUACAAAUGAUUAAAAAAUAAACGAUAAAACUGAAUCUAAGACAGGCUCUUGUCAGCACACCUGCAGAUGUCUUAGAGGUGAAAGAAGAAAAUCAGAGGCAUUACAGGAAGAGCAGAUGACUCGGCAGCCUGAAAUAGGCGAUGAAAAUAUUCAUCCAUAAAUAUGAUCUGAUGGCCCGGGUCUGAAACUGUGUGUUUCACAUGUGACGUACAUAAUUCUUUGCUUAAAAGGGAAAAUCAGGUAGAAGAAACAGAAUAAUUGGCCGUAGGUGAAUGAAAGGUUAGUGUUUCAGGGAGCAGGAAAGAUGAUCACAUCUGUGAAACAAAAGGCAGAGUUAGAAGCACAUUUAGCGAGGGGGCUGGUGGAGCAGGUCUCAGCCCCGACAGUCAAGGGAAGGUUCCUCGGGCACAAAAUUUUAG